UUCAUAAUGGCAGAAAAAAGUUCAGUAAAGCUUUUGGGAUCCUCCCCAAGUCCCUUUGUGAACCGGGUUCAGAUCGCCCUUAAUCUCAAGUCAAUUGAUUAUGAAUAUAUUGAGGAGACAUUCCUUCCAAAGAGUGAGCUACUUCUUAAAUCAAACCCGGUUCACAAGAAAAUCCCAGUAAUGUUUCAUGAAGAUAAACCCAUAUGCGAGUCCCUUGUCAUAGUUCAAUACAUCGACGAUAAAUGGACAUCCGGCCCGACAAUCCUCCCAACCGAACCGUAUGACCGCGCCAUCGCCCGUUUCUGGUCUGCCUAUUUGGACGACAAGUUGUUUCCUUAUUUAAGAGAAUAUUGUAUUACUGCGCCAGAGGAAGAAAAACCAGCAAAAUUUGAGAAAAUUAAAGAAGGGUUAGUCUUGUUAGAGGAAACUUUCAUGAAAACAAGCAAAGGGAAGACAUAUUUUGGAGGAGAGAAUAUUGGGUAUUUGGAUAUUUCGUUUGGAAGCUUCUUAGGGUGGAUGAAAGCAGGGGAGAAGAUGAUGAAUGUGAAGUUUCUAGAAGAAUCCACGACACCUAAUCUUGUUUUGUGGGCAGAUUGUUUCCUUUCACACGAGGCUGUAAAGGGUGUCAUCCCCGAGCCUGACGUGCUCGUCGAGAUGGCCAAGAAGAUUGCUGUUUUGGCAAAAUCUCAAACCUAAAAGUUAAUCAUCUUA